AUGGAUCCCUUUCGGCCGCCAGUCUCGAAGUCGGUAGCUUCGUUCCGCACGACACAGACCCGUACGCCAGAGCUGUCCAGAGGGUCAUCGCCGUACUUCUCAAGUUCAUCUCAUCACCCCAUCAUCGACCCUUCCACUUCUACCUACUUCACGCCAUCCCCUGAGUCGUCCUCCUUCCGAGACCACAGGCCAGGCGUGGUACAUACCCCAAGCUACGACUACUACGGCGAGAACAGCCAGACUGGCUACACAAGCGGACCAUCUUCCUAUAACUCUCAGCCCGCCAAGUCUACAGUUUCUCGUGCGAGCACUUCCUGCACCACCCGAACCUCACGGACAUCGCGAACUCCCCUGCCCGAUGGCGAGAAUCACAAGAUCGUCUGCGCUCUGGCUGAGGCGCGUGGGGUGACACCUUCUGUUGGAAUGGCAUCCAUAAACAUAGCCACCGGCGAGGUGAUCCUCAGCCAAAUCUCGGACAGCAGGUUCUUCACUCGAACCAUCCACAAACUUCAGAUCUUGGAGCCAACGAUUGUGUUGAUGGUCAGCUCAAGCUGCCCUCCAAAUCCAAAGUCACGCUUAUACAGCCAUAUCGAGGACAACAUGCCCGGCACCAAGAUCGUUUCUCUUGACAGAAAGCAUUGGUCCGAGACGGAAGGCAUGGAACGUGUCAACACGUUCGCUUUCCGAGAGGACUCGGAAUCGAUCAAGGUGGCUCUCAACGGAAGUUUCUACGCUACUUGCUCAUUUGCCGCUGCCAUGAGCUAUCUGGAAACCCAAUGUGCGUUGCGGAUCUACCACAACUCCCUUCGUGUUCGAUUCCAGCCGUGCGAGGACACGAUGAUGAUCGACGUAUCCACCAUUGUCUCCCUCGAGAUUCUCCAGAACCUACGGAACCCGAAGUCGAAGGAUAGCCUAAUUGGUCUGCUCAGACACACGCGCACUCCUAUGGGCGCCCGAGUGCUUCGGAGCAAUCUCUUACAGCCGAGUACGCUGAAAGACCUUUACCUUGAUCCGAGAUACGAGGCGGUGGAGGAACUUCACAGAUCCCAAGACAUGUUCGUCGAGGUUAGAAGUGCUCUUGGUCCAUUCCCCGACAUUGAGAAGAUGUUGACACAGCUCGUCAUCAUACCAAAUCAACCAUCCGUUGCCGCAACGGAAAUGUCGAUGAACAAUGUUCUGAAAGUCAAAUCAUUCGUUGACGCGAUGUCAGGCCUGUACCAAGCUUUAAGCCCUGCCGUCUCUCCCCUCCUAACGAAGAUACGGGAGCCCUUUCGCCCAGAGAAAAUUGCACCAGUCCGAGAUCUCAUAUACGAGACUAUUCACGAAGACGUCAGAUACGCCAAGAACUCGUUGGAUCUGCGCAACCAGAGGACGUUUGCAGUCAAGCCUGGUGUGAACGGUCUCUUGGAUGUAGCUCGACAAGCCUACAAGGAGAACACUGAGGAAGUUCAGAAUCAUGUAGACCUACUCAAUGCCGAACUUGGCCUCCCUGCCCAGAUACAAUACGACCACAAGCGCGGAUACUCCCUUCGAAUACGGGAAGUCGAGUUCAAUGAUCGUCCGAUCCCACCUGUUCUGGUCAACGUGACAAGGAAACGUGGCAACAUCGAAUGCAUGACGAUACGCCUGAAACAGCUCAAUCAGCGUAUCACGGACUCUGUCUCUGAGGUUGCGAUGCAGUGCGACAAGGUGAUUCAGGAUCUGAUCGACAGCAUCAGGACUGAAAUCACGUCGCUGUAUCGGAUUUGCGAGUCUAUCGCCUUACUUGACAUGCUCGCAUCUUUUGCGCAUGUCAGUUCGAUGAAUGACUGGGUACGGCCGCAGAUAACAGACACAUUAGCACUGAAGAACGCCAGACAUCCCAUCCUGGACAAGAAUCUCAAACAAGAAUACAUACCUAAUGAUUACUACGCAAGCGAUGACUACCGUUUUCAGGUCGUUACGGGUUGCAACAUGAGUGGGAAGUCUACCUACAUCAAAAGUAUCUCCUUGCUACAGAUCAUCGCUCAGAUCGGAUGUUUCGUUCCCGCAGAGAGCGCCAGCUUUCCAGUCAUUCACAGCAUUUUUGCUCGAGUAACCGCCGAUGACAGCAUCGAGGCGAACUUGUCGUCUUUCUCCGUGGAGAUGAGAGAAAUGGCCUUCAUACUCGGAAACGUCGACAACAAGAGCAUGGUCAUCAUAGACGAGUUGGGCCGAGCUACGAGUGCGCGCGAUGGACUCGCAAUUGCCGUGGCGAUGGCCGAGGCACUUGUACAAAGCCGAGCCAAGGUCUGGUUCGCCACUCACUUCUCGCAGCUUGCGGAGGUUCUCAACGACCGCCCUGGAGUGCUGAAUCUCCACCUCGGAAGCCACCUGUCGAACUCGGCCAACGGAGAUCCGAAGAUGACAAUGACCUACAGGGUCGAAACCGGCAAGCUCGAACAGGAACUGUACGGUAUCAUCCUCGCAAAGGCCAUGGGCUUUCCGGAGCGUUUUCUGGAGAAGGCGGAACAAGUUUCUCAGUCUCUCCGCGAGCAGAGAAUGAAGAACAAGCAGAGCUCCGAGGCGAGGAAGGUUCUCAGCGAACGCAAGCUGAUGAUUCAACUGCAUGCGCAGCUGGAGCAAGCCUAUCAAUCCGAGAUGGACGAUUCAGCGCUGCGAAGCUACUUGAAACGUCUCCAGGUCGAGUUUGUGAAUCGGCUAGAGGCCCUUCAUGGUGGUGAUGAGGCGGAAGAGGACAACGUCACUGAAGUGAUGGACGAAGAUGAUGGCGACGCCGAUAUUUAUGAUGACGAGGAUGUUUUCGACACUGUUGAUGUCGAAUCUCUAUCUAUUAGAAGCUGA